UCUCAUAAAUUUCUACCCCACUAGGAUUCAAAUGGCACGAACGGCACACUCUCGAAGGACACACCCUCGUUCGUCUCAUGGAAUUGGCCGCUGAUCCGUAAAUGCACAUUUUUCGUCUUCAUGUCCAGCUUAUUAGCUAUGUGUGCCGUGGUGGUGGCCAUGAUUGUUACCCUGCCAAAGACCUGUAAUCCAAAAACUGCUUGGUAUCGCGGCAGCGUCUUCUAUGAGAUCUUUCCCGCCAGUUUCCAAGACUCAAACGAUGACGGAAUUGGUGAUCUGCGCGGCAUUGCACAGCGUGCUGACUAUUUGGCCUCACUUGGCGUGGCUGCUGUGCGUCUAAACUCGAUAUUCCAAUCAGCUCACUACCCCGAUGACUUUGCGCAUCCAACGUCGCUGCUUCAGGUGGCCAAUGUCUUGGGUACAGCACAAGAUUUGUAUCGGUUGAUGGCAACACUACACGAGCGUAACAUUUCCCUGUUGCUUGAUAUGCCGAUUAGCGGUUUUAUUAAACGAUUGGAUGAAGCCACAACGACUAAGCCUACAAUAGUUGGGGCACUUUCAACGCAUUCAACUAAUAAAACCGAAAGCACUGAAUCAACUGUCACUACAACCAAUGGAGCUACCAAAACUUUACCACAAUUAUCGAUUCCUUCGGCUGAUAAUGUAGUCAGUGAUGCCCUACUGAAAUGGGUGCAUCUGGGUGUGGAUGGUUUUUAUCUCAAAGGUUUGGAAAAUUUUGUCGAUGACGAUCAUCUGCUCACCAAUUUGAAUGUGUGGAAAGACGUUGUGGGUCCCAAUCGCAUACUUAUCGCUAAUGAAGCACUAAUUCAAGAGUUGCAUCCUACACUUCGUCCGUUGGCACUACAACAUAUCGAUUUAGUCGAUGUGCACUUGGACGUUUCAAACGGCACUAGACAUUUGGAGCAUCAUAUCAAUAGACUUCUUAAUGGUCCACUCGCACCUGUCGAAGUGGGUCCAUGGUUGCAUUGGUCUAUCGGUGGCGUGGAUCAACAACGCUUCACACGUUACGGACAAAGCAAGAAUAUAACUUUGGCUGCGACUGUCAUGCAACUCAUGCUACCGGGCACUCCCAACAUUUUCUACGGUGAUGAGAUCGCAUUAGAAGCCAUCACCGAUACGCAGAAUGAACAUAACGAGACUAAACACCUACAUCAUCUCACCACUAUGGAAUGGUUGAAUAGCACAAGACAGUUUACGAAUCGUGAAACUUUGCCUUGGCUACCACACACAGCGCAAUUUAGUCAAGAAAAUUUCGAAACAGUCACGAAAAUGAUCGAAUUACGUAAUCGUUCGCCAUCAUUGUAUAAGAAUGCCAUUUGCAAGCCAGAAAGCACACUAUCCAACACAGAGAUACGUUGCAGCAACGAUGAUAUUUUAGUUGUGGAACGCGUCUAUCCGCGUCGCAACUCAUUUGUUUCGGUAUCGAAUUUCGGUCAGAAACGUGUCUCCAUGGAUAUGACAGCCAUGUAUUUUAGUGGCGUAAAAAUGCUGGACGAAGAACAGAGCGAGAAGAUUUACUUUUCCAACUUCGAGAUUGGUCCAUGGGAAACAAUUGUUGUUAAACUAGAUAAAUAAGUGUGAAGACUUGACCAAGCUGAGGGCUUCGCAGUUACCGUGUAAUUAUGUACUUACGUUUGUUUGUAUAUUUUUAUAGAUAUAGUGGCCAAAAACUUGCUCAUAAAGCGGUAAAUAAAUAUGUGAGUUUUAAGAUUGGAGGAAA